AUGAAAGCCUCCACCUUUGUGACGGCGAAGCGUCACUUCACGAAGAUGCAGAGAGACGAGGACAAGGACAAGGACAAUAAGGAGAAGUGUCUCGCCGGCAAAUCUGCAAAGCGGUUUGCAGCCAACAUCGGCGAUGGUGUCAUGAGCUCAAAUGAUGCACCAGCCAAGUUGGAGUCAAAUGUGUUGGCAAACAUGUUGGCACCACUGGGUAUUCGUGGUUGCAAAAACAUUCGCUUGGGAGGAGAGACGCUGAAAGAUGUGAGCGGCGAGCUGUGUCAGCCAGAUCCUGACAGCACAGGCCGUGGCAGAGGCGCAAAACGAAACUGGGGACAAUUCUGGCAGACCUACCGCCAAAUCAACCCAUCGUUCGAGCUAUUUGCAAUGGCUGACGCCGAUCCUUCCAUUGACCUGAAUCAGGUUGCUGCCUUCUUCAUCCAUGGUGAUGAAGGAAGGACUCUGAAACGUGGUGGCUUGUUGGUUACCUCACUGCAGAGUGCACUGGGGAAAGGCUAUGACGAAAACCGUGUUGCAAAGGUCCCAGGAUCUCCUGCCUUGCAAGUCAACUUUGCUGGGCAUUCAUUCUGUACGCGACAUGUUAUUUCUGCAAUCCCCAAGACUUGCUAUGAUUGCCAGCCAGAGGCUUACCACUCCCACAUGGAGCAUGUGGCCAAGUCUUGUUCGAAGCUGUUGCAUGAUGGAUACGUGGACAAGGCAAGUGGGUUGAGAUACAGAGUUUGCAUCCUUGGAGUCAAAGGUGACCAGCCUUACCUGCAGAAGGUUGGCCACUUUUACAGGGCUUGGAAUACGCAGGCCAAGCGUGGUGAAGAGCGCGGCCCUCCGAAAGGUUGCUGCCCAUACUGCCUUGCUGGCACACGUCUUUGUCAUGCUGAAGAGAUUGCUACCACCACACCAAAAUGGUUACAGACAGUGGCAGUCAAACUUCCUUGGGUGAGACAACCUGCUGUCAUCCGCCAUCUUUGCCAUGAUCAAGGAGAUCCAGCAGAUUUUUUUAAAAGCGAUAUCUGGCAUGUGGUUCAUCUUGGUUUCGGCAGAUCUUGGGUGGCAAGUGUGUUGCAGGUGUGCCUUCCUUUGCUACCUAUGCCAAACUUAGACGAGAAGUGGAACUACCUCACAGAGGAGUACUUGGAUUGGUGUGCGGCAAAUCGCAAGCAGGCCCACAUCAGUCGCAUCACACCAUACCUUAUGUCGUAUGGGCAGCAGGGUGGGGCCAUGGGAUCUUGGUACAAAGGCGCUCUCACAACAAUUUUUUUACAUUGGCUUGUGGAUUUCCUUGGCAAAGUGCCCAAUGACCCGGACGGCCACAUCAUGCAGUGCCACUGCGCCACGUACCGGCUUAAUUCCAUGUUUUCAAUGCUGUACAAAGCUGGAGCCUUUUUGUCAGAAGAAGAGUCCCAAUUUGUCUCUGAGCAGGGCCUGCGAUUCCUCGAAUCGUAUUCACUGCUUGCUCAUGCACUUUUCAUGCAGGGCAAGCAGCAAUGCUUUCCGUUGUACCCCAAGCUCCACACCUUCCACCACAUAGUGCUGGAAGUGCGAGUAUCAGCCAGGUCCUUAGACCGUUUCCUUGUGGCAUCGUACACAGCUUUUGUCAAAGCUGGACUCUUGCAGUGA